ACUACUCUAGUGUCUGCGUGAUGAAAUCUUGUGCUAGUUCGAGCAAGCACACUUGAUUGUCAAUUACGUUGUAUAAAAGUAUGAAUAUAUAUUUACUUAUUUAUGUGACGUCAUCUCAUCGAUCACUGAUAUUUUUAUUUAACACAUAUUGCUGGUAAAUUUUACAAUAAAUACAAUAAAUUUUUCUGAUAAUUAUGCCAAGAAGACGCAAAGUACCCAGAAAUAAAUCAGCUGUUAAUUCAAGGCUGAGUGGUGAAGAGCCUACUAGAAUGUCGGAGAAUAGGCGCGAGUCAGUGGAAGCUGAUGAACCACCUGUACCUAAUCACGUGGAUAAAAAUUCAUCUACAAGCAAUAGAAAGACAGACGUGCAUGAGUUAGAUUACGCAGAAAAUGAAUUAGAGCAAUUGAUUAUCACCAGAUUAUUUAAUGACAUCCGAUUCUCAGACGAUGUUGUUUCCGUGUUGCCGGAUCGCUCUUGGGCUAUUCACUGCACUGAGGAACCAGUUAAAAGAAUUGUUGUCAGUGAAAUUUCGAUGGUUAAUUUUCAUGGUAGAGGCUUUGAGCCUUUUUAUGUCAAGCAGAUUAUUUUUGACGAGAAACUGAACUUCGAAUUAUUUUUAAUCAACUCAAGGACGGUAUUAAAAGACAAACCAGCAUAUAUAAGAAGCAUCACAGACUUCGAGUCACUCCUAGAUUACGUAAGCGGUAUGAAACUCUGCGCCGGAGGCCCAGAGUUCACCAAGUACAGCAACGUGAGUCCCGAAUGCGCGUACAAGGACCCUUACAGCAAGUGGAGGCACAAUUUGUGCACCUUGGAGGUCAACGAGGCCGACGUCUGCGAAGCCUGUGAGUCUUUAGACGAAAUUCUGAAGCGCCACUCGCAGAGAACUAAGUCGCCUCUCAAGUCCCGCAAUAACGUGGUUGCGACUAAGAGGAAAAAAUUCUAAGAUCUAAAGAUUUAAAGCUAGUGAUUUAAAAAAUCUAUUUUAUAUUUCAGAUUAAAUAAUAUAUAUGUCUUCAAUCAAUAGAAAAAAUUUCAAUUUGACGUUUUUUAUCUUCCAGUAAUUGUUUUAAUAAUUGUUUAAAAGAUUGUAUGCCCGUUACUUGUUUUGUAUCAUACAUGUAAAUAAAUAAUUUACAUAUAAUUUUAUAAUUUAUAUUUGAUAUGCAAGUAUUAUAUUAUAUAUUUUUUUAAUAAGGCUUCUUGCCUUUAUUAAUCCGCAAAAAUUACUCAUGUCAAAAUUUCUCUGUAAAAAUUUCCCAUAGAAAAAUAUCUUAAGUACAAUAAUUUCUCAAAACAAAAUUACUCACCGCAUAAAUUAAUCUGACGAAAAUAUAUUCGAAGAUAUUUUUUCCAUGAGAAAAUAUUGCUAAGAUAAAAUAUUGCAAAAGAAAUUUUGUCGUAGAUAAUUAUUCCAUGAAAAAUAAAAGACCUUUUAAUAAUUAA